CGUCAGUGACGUGUAAAAGUCUCACUGUAGUUUCUGAAAGUUUACUUUAGUUCGCGUUUAACUACGUUCAUUUGGUUAUAUUUAUUUAUUUGUUUACUUGUUUUAAAGUUGGACCUUGAACACAGCACGACCUUAAGCAAACGUCGCUUCUUAAUUGGGAAUAUUUUCUGGAUUCUUUGUUCCAUAAAACAAAGAAAUCAUUCAAACUGAAUCAUUUUAGUUUGAAAACAUCAUCAUUUCCAGUUGAUAGUGGACGAUGUCUCAGGCCGCCGCCCCCCCGGUUCUCUGUGACACCCCCCCGGUUCUCUGUGUGGCCCCCUCUCGGGCUCUGGUGGACGAGAAGAUCGCGGUGCUGGUGGAGAACCUUCCUCCGGGUUCUCUGGUGACCGUGCGCUCGCUGCAUCACUCUGACGACCAGGACGACUGGGAGGCUUACGCUCACUACGUCAGCGACCACAGAGGAGUCGUCUCUGUUUCAGAGGACAUGAGUUUUGGGGGAACGUACUCGGGGGUUGAACCCAUGGGUUUGUUGUGGAGUUUGCGUCCCGUCCCAGGAAGUCGCACGGGCCUCAGGUUGAGAAAGAAGAACGUCUGCACGCCGCUGCUCUUCCACAUCUCGGUGCACGGCGGACACGAGGGCUUCAGGGAGCGGCCUCCUCUGGCGUCGGCGCUCAUCGAGCGCUGGUACGUGGCGCCGGGCGUCCAGAGGAUCGACGUCAGGGAGAGAGGAGUGAGAGGAACUCUGUUUCUGCCUCCAGGUCCAGGUCCGUUCCCCGGGGUUUUGGACAUGUGGGGCGGCGGCGGCGGGCUUCACGAGUACCGCGCCGCCCUGCUGGCGUGUCACGGUUACGUCGCUCUGGCGUUGGAGUAUUUCAAACCCGGAGAGCUGAAGUCGACGGAUCUGGAGUACAGCUACUUUGAGACGGCGUUCAACCUCAUCCAGGAACAUCCUCGAGUGAUGGCGGACAGAGUCGGAAUAUUAGGUCUUUCCCUCGGCUCCAGUUUGGCUUUGUCUUUGGCAGCUGAGAGCAAAACGGUCCAGCCUCGCGCCUGUAUUUGCAUCGGCAGCAACCACUGCAGUGGGAGGAGCCUCAGCGGGAGCCCCAUGGUGUUGAUCACGAAUCCGGAGGGGAUGCGCGUGGACGAGAACAACCACCACAUCUGGAGAGACAUGGCUUUGUCCAUCCUGGAGGACGAGUCCAAACUGGUGGACGUUGGGAAAAUAAGUUGUCCUCUGAUGGUGGUCAACGGGGCUGAUGAUCAGAACUGGCCCUCGACAGAAAUGGCUGACGACAUCACUCGAAGGAUGCGAGCAGCGGGGAAAGAGCACCUGUUGACCAGACUGGAAUAUCCUGACGCCGGACACCUGAUCGAGCCGCCGUUCUCGCCUCACUUCAGAGCGACAAACUUCAUGGUACAAGGCAGACAAAAAGUCAUUCUGUUGUGGGGCGGUCAAACCAAACCGCACUCGGACGCUCAGGAAGAUUCCUGGAGGAAGAUCCUGAGCUUCCUGCAGCAGCAUCUCUACGGCAACCAGUGUCCCAAAGCUAAGCUGUGAGCUGAGACGUUAGCGUCAGCGAGGCCUGCUAGGAAAAAAACGCUGCUGAUAACGACCAAGUCUGAUGUACAGAAUAUGAACUUGACUCCUCCCACUGUGUUUCUACUCAUCAUCUUCACAAGGAUCGCACAAAAAGAACUUCAAUGCUAACACUAGCAAAGUUUGCUAUAGCUAUCGUGGUACGGUCUCGUUUGGUUUGUACGGUUUGAGCUUUAACACAAAUGACAACCAACAUGCUGGAAAACUAAAAUGAUUUCUUAAGCUA